AAAAAAAAAAAAAAAUUAAUCAUCAAAUAAUUUUUUUCAUCUCUAUUUCACUCUUUAUUACAAUUUUUACCUCUAUAAAAUAUGAAUUCCAUGAACUUGAAUUCAUAUACGAUGCUUUCACCUCAAUCUCCACCAAUAUAUUCAAUAAUCGAACAAGUUUUAUCCGAAUUAGACCCAACAGCAUAUUCUAAAAUAUUACGACAGGUUUCAUUGCCGAUUGAAAAAUUAAUCUGCCCUAAAAAAAAGUCUCGCAAAGGAAAUAUACCAAGACCACAAAAUUCCUUUGUAAUUUAUCGUCGUGAUUUUAUGGCCAAAGUAAAAUUAAAUUAUGGUCAUGAAAUCUCUUCUAACCUACCUUUUGUAUCAACAAAAGCAGCAAAAUGGUGGAGUUCUGAGAACUCUGAGGUAAAAAAUACUUAUCAAAUAAUUGCCGAUUUGGCAAGAAAAGUUCACAUAAGAGUAUACCCCAAUUACGUAUUCAAACCAAAAAAACGCCCCAACAAAUAUACUAUUAAAGAUAUUUUCUUUGAAGAUAUUCCUCCUCAACAACAAAUGAACCAACCCAUUCCAUCUCCUCCACUUUCAAAUAGUUCAAAUAGUAAUAGCGAUAAUAAUAAUUCUCAACCGUUACCAUCCAUAAAUCAAUUAUUAUCAAUUGCUGAUGAUAAUAAUAAUUAUGACAGGCGUAUGUGUCGUUCAUUCCGUGGUCCAUAUUAAUAAUCAUCAUCUUGCUUAAGUGAAAAUCGAUCGAAAAAAAAAUUAUUUUCUCUUUCGUUAUAUUAUUUCGUUAUCGAAAAAAAAGAUUAGAUUAUUUUUUAUGUUGAUACAAGUUAUAUUAUUAUUUUUCGAAUUUAUAUUGAUUUUUUUUUUAUCUAUUUUUUUAUUAUUUUAUAUUCGUUUAUAUUUUGUUUUUUUU